CCGCAGGAAAAAGCGCAGAGAAGACUCGAGACAGGGAGAGAGAGAGAGAGAGAGGAAAACAGUUAGAGAAAAGAGAGAAAGAAGAACAACAUGGACACAAUCUUCAGUUAACGUGCGUAAACGGUCCGCUGGUGUCGGACUGUGGUUCUUCCUCCUCCUCCUCCUCCUCCUCCUCCUCACAGCUGCUCCGUUAUGUCGGAGAGGAGAAUAAUGUCUGGGAAUAUGGAGGAAAUCUAAAGAGCUGCUGAACUGCGCGGUGCUUGUUUAAGGGGAAAGCUGAGAGGAUGGUGCUGCUGUAGCUCUGUGGUAUAUAUCCAACCCAGUCGUGCUCUCUCUCUCUCUCCAACAAACCAAGGCCAAAGUUUUUUUGUUUUUUUUUCCAGGGGAAGAAGAAGGGGAAAUUUUUGCUGCAUUGAAUUCCUCUGGACGGGAUGUCAUCAUCUGCAGUCAGGAGGAGUUCCUCUGGCUGACUGAAUCCUCCUCCAGCUGCAGUGUACAACAGAGGAAGAUGAUGGGAGAUGCGGCAGACGACAGAGGGAUGAGAAGGACCUUCAUCGUACCGACCAUCAAGAGCUUCGACCACUACGACUUCACCAGGGCCAAGAUCUCCUGCAGCCUGACGUGGCUGGUGGCCAAGGCUUUUGGCUCGGAUGCGGUACCAGAGGAGCUGGUGGAGCCUCUAUACAGGGACCAGUACAACCAGGAGCACCUGAAGCCUCCGGUGGCCUGCCUGCUCCAGUCCGCUGAGCUCUACUGCCGGGCGGGAAGCCUGAUCCUCCGCAGCGAUGCUGUCAAACCUUUACUGGGACACAACGCCGUCAUCCAGGCCCUGGCUCAGAAAGGCCUGUACGUCACCGACCAGGACCGACUGGUCACCGAGAGAGACCUGACCAGCACGCCUAUACACAUGAGUUCCCAUCUGGCGCUCAUAGAUACUCUGAUGAUGGCGUACACUGUGGAGAUGGUGAGUGUGGAGAGGGUGAUGUCCUGCAUCAACAGGUACUCCUCCGCUGAACCCUCACACAUCCAGGAGCUGCCUUAUGACACCGAGGAUGCCAUCGCCACCUGGAUCAACAAGGUGAAUGAACACCUGAGGGACAUCCUUGUCGAAGAGCAAAAGCUGAGAGAGGCUUCCUUCCAGGAGUCAAACGUAACAACAAACAAAGCUCGCUACAGGAGGGAGAAUGCCCAGCAGAGGAGCGCUCCAUCGCUCCCCCUGGUGGAGAACCUGCUGAAGGACAACACAGACGGCUGUGCCCUGACGGCUCUGCUCCACUUCUACUGCCCACGGGCCGUCGAACUGGAAGAUAUCUGCCUCAAGGAGACCAUGUCUUUGGCCGACAGUCUGUACAACCUCCAGCUGGUGCAGGAGUUCUGCAGGAACAACCUCAACCACUGCUGCCACUUCAGCCUGGAGGAUAUGCUCUACGCACACGCAUCCAUAAAGAGUAACUACCUGGUGUUUAUGGCUGAGCUUUUCUGGUGGUUUGAAGUAGUUAAACCCUCCUUUGUGCAGCCCAGAGUCUUCGACCCGAACGCCUGUGAGCCCGUAUCAUCCUGUAGAAAUAUGGCUCCUGUAUCCAGCCCAAUCAAACAGAGCUAUGCAGACAGACCUGACAGCCCAGAGAACGUCCCUGCACAGGGUAUAAUGAAGAGGUCUACCUCCAUGUCGUACGUGGAUGGCUGUGUUGGGACAUGGCCCAAAGAAAAACGUUCCUCCUCUCGGGGAAUCUCCUUUGAGAUCCCUCUGGACGGAGACCCGACCGUGUCGCCCUGUGAAGCUCCGCGCGGUAUGACCCGCUCCGCCAGCAGCGACGGUCUCGGGUUCAAAGUUCACUAUGCAUCUCGAGGGGGCAUGAAGCGCCACCUCUCCCUCAUGCCCGUCGAUGUCAACGGCCAGAGCAGACACAUACCUGAGGAGGAUGACGAGUUCACCUCCCGCAAACCCCUGGAGCGCAACAACACAUUCUCAGUCAAGAACCAAAGCAGGUACUCCAAUGGAGUCCUCCCAGACAGCAACCACAGCUCCAACAAUCACCAUGGCAACCACAGUGGCCACAUCAGCCCAUCAACUCCUCCGAGCAUUGAGGAGGCCCUGAAGAUCAUCCACGACACUGAAAGGCCCCACGCCAGCCUGGGCGUGGGGGACGGAGACAACGGCUUCUUUCUCCACGGUGCAGAUUCUCCGGACCCUCCAGGGGCCGAAGGUCAAGAAGACGACCCGGGUGCAGCUAAGGCUCGGCUGAACGACCACGACCCCAACUCUGUGUCCACUGACGAAGUCGACACGGGCAUCCACGUGAGGACAGAGGACAUCCAGAGCUUGGAUGAGGACUCCUCCUCUCUGAGAGACUAUUCAGACAUGGACCAAGACUGUGAGGCCAUGACCCGGUCGUGUCCUCUGCCUGACCAGCAAGAGAAGGAGAAAAGCAGGGAAGGAGGACCAAGAGGGGUCGGCGAUGCUAACCCAGAGGGUGGGAGUGGGAGGGGCGAUGGAGGGGACAGGAGCAGCCCCUGUCCCAGUUCAGUACCCACAAUCCCCAGAUCCCACACCGCCAGCCCCACCUCGUCCUCCGGAGGCUCUGGAGGCGGCAUGGUCCGGAUGACGAGCUUCGCGGAGCAGAAGUUCAGGAAGCUGGAGGGGAGGAGUAGUGGAGGAACCACACCAGAGAGUUCAGAUCUCAAUGUGCCGUAUACUCACCUGCCAAAAAGCAUCUCUUGCCAGCUGUCUACGCCUCCUUUGCCAAUCACCUCUCCCUCUCCAGUAACACCUUCCCCCAGAGACCCCUCCCACCUGAUCGCCACAGAGAUGAUUCAGCUGAGGAUGAAGCUGGAGGAGAAACGGAGAGCCAUUGAAGCGCAGAAGAAGAAGGUGGAAGCAGCGUUUACCCGCCAUCGUCAGAGGAUGGGCCGAACAGCCUUUCUGAACGUAGUGAGAAGAAAAGGAAUCACUGCCCCCCUCAGCCCCAGCUCAAGCUCAGGGGCAGCACAAACGCCGUCUCCAGAGCCGCUUACAGGCUCAAAGGGAACCAGCCAGGGCAGCAUGGAGCGGGCGGAGAGAUGCAAGCCGGACGGAGCGGCUCCGAAAUCCCCCUGUGAGGAUGGUGGAGGUGUGGCUCCAGGAGAAAUCGACCUCACAGAGUACACUCGCUCCAUCGAGCGGCUGAACACGUCGCUGGGCUUCCUGCAGACGGAGAUGCAGCGUUUGGCCCAGCAGCAGGAGAGGAUCAUGUCCAUGAGAGAGCAACAGCAACAAGCCUGGGUCAUUCCUCCUCCUGCUCCGUCUCCACACAGGCAGCUCCGUGAGUUGCGUAGCAGCAGUGUGACAGGCCGAGGAUCAGGCCGGGGCUCGGUUGGGUCGUUGUCUCCCAUCCUCUCGUCCUCCGGCUCUCCUCGCGCUCCCAAUCGUUCCCCUGCUGGCAUUAAGCGGCGGCCGGCUUCCUUCCAUGCCAGGACACCUCGGACUCCGCGACCAACCGAUCUGAAGGUCACACCCUUCAGUCGAAUGCUCAACACCCCCACCUCAGUGGACAGCCUACCCAGACUGAGGCGUUUCACCCCCAACCAAACCCAGAACUUGUUUUCAUACCUGGGCCACGAUGAGGGGCCAAGCAACAACCAAGAGGCCAAGGACAAUAAAGAAAACACCGAGGACAAAGUAGAGGCAGCGGGGAAGCCUUCUACUAAAGAAGCAGCCAAAGAGAAGGAAGACGAGCGACGGGAGGAGAGAAAGACUCAUUCGAAGGGUGAAGUCAAGCAAACAAGGUCAUCAGAGGUGUUGCGUCAACCGGUGUCUGAGAUCCAAGGGCCCACAGGCAGCCGGGUCAAGGAGGACCCCCAGGACAGGAGAGACCUGGUGGAGGUGCCUCUGUCUGGGCUGAAACCUCCAGGAGGAGGUCAGGAGACGACGGGGGAGGGCGAAGGAGAUGGAAAGGCAGGAGGAGAAGACCAAAAGAUGUGCUGUGGAUUCUUCUUCAAGGAUGACGUGAAGGGAGAGGAGGACAUGGCAGCAAAGAAAGCUGCUCUGCUGGAGAAGAGGCUGAGGAGGGAGAAGGAGACUCAGGAGAAGAAGCAGCAGCAGGAGCAGGACCAGGAGCAGAAGAAGGAAGCUGCACGGCUGAAAACCGAGGAGGAGCAGCUGAAGAAGGACGACGAGAAGGCGAGGAGGGACUACAUCAAGCAGGAGUUUCUGAGGAGGAAGCAGCUCAAGCUGUUCGAGGACAUGGGUGAGGUCAUCAAGCCCCGAUCUGGAAGCCUCAAGAAGAAGCCACGGCCCAAGUCCAUCCACAGGGACGUCAUGGAGUCGUCUACGCCCCCUGUGAGAACGACAGGGGUGCGUCCUCGAGGCUUCUCUGUGUCAAGUGUUUCUUUGGCGUCUCUAAAUCUGGCUGACAACGACAGAGAUCAGCCAAACAACAGAAAGAACAACAGAGGCAAUAAAGUAUCCCAUAUCCCGUUCUAUCUAAGCUCUCCCAAAGAAAGAAAGGGAAGGCCAGACUCUGCAGAAGGUUUUUCUUCUUGUCCUUCGACUAGUAGUCCUAACGGAGAGAAGGAUUGGGAAAACGACUCCACCACCUCGUCCACUCCCUCCAACAACGAGUACACAGGACCCAAGCUAUAUAAGGAGCCGAGUGCCAAGUCCAACAAGCACAUCAUCCAGAACGCCCUGGCUCACUGCUGCCUGGCUGGCAAGGUCAACGAAGGGCAGAAGAACAAGAUACUUGAUGAAAUGGAGAAAUCCGAAGCCAACAACUUCCUAGUGUUGUUCCGCGACGCCGGUUGCCAGUUCAGGUCCGUGUACGCCUACUGCCCAGAAACGGAGGAGAUCACCAAACUGGCUGGCAUCGGGCCGAAGAGCAUCACGACCAAGAUGAUCGAGGGCCUGUACAAGUACAACUCGGACAGGAAGCAGUUCAGCCAGAUCCCAGCCAAAACCAUGUCUGCCAGCGUGGACGCCAUCACCAUCGGCAGCCAUCUGUGGCAAACCAAGAAGCAGGGGACGCCCAAGAAAUUGCACACUAAGUAGCACCAGAUGGCCGGGCAACAUUUGGACACAGAGGAAUUUGUGGAUUUUAUGUUUUCAUUAAAAGGACAACAUUUCACAACUGGAAUGUAGGACACAAGCGGGGGCCUCACAGACAAAGUUGACUGUUACGCUCUGGACUAUGUAAACGGGGCACAAGUGUGUACUUUACAGCAUGUGUAUCAAUGUUCUCAUGUGCCAAAAAACAGAAGAAGAAAACAAUAGGCGGACCGAUGCCUUACCUAGUUGAACCACUGAAGCACUGAAUGUCACGCCUCAGAACGAGGCUGUUUGGUUUCUAUGAGUUGAUCAUGUGUGGCCUUAUUGCUUGUUUUGUGUCAUAUGGAUGCGCCGUGAGUGUUGGUGUCAUUUCGUCAGCGCCUGUUGAAAAAGUCUGUUGUGAUACAGGAGAGUUUGUGUGUACUCGCAGCAGGUCUGGGAUCAGAUUACGCCCCCCCUCAAGCCCAGGUUGUUAAAAGGGUGGCCUGUCUGAUCUGUGAUCAGGUAGACGCAGCAGCAUUUUUGAUGAGCGUAUUGCUGCUAUACAGGCAUGUUUUUUUUAGUUUUUUUUAUUACAUGUGACUGAAAAAAACGUAUAAAAUUUGUGUAUGUGUGUGUGUGUAUAGUGAAGUGCCAAUACGAGUGAGGAAAAUACCUCAGUUGGUGAUUGCAAUUACUUUCCAAAAGAGUGUUGAGCAUAACGGAGUGACCAUGAAAAACAAUUCUGGAAAGCACCUGCAAUAGACUCUUAAUUUAUUUCAUUUCGCUUUGAAGAUAUUUUGAAAAGGCGUCUUAGAUUUUAUUCAGAGAAACAGAAUAUACUGUACGUAUAUAAGUUAAAUUGGUUUGUAUAUGAUGGCAGAUCCAUUCAAAAUGAACGAGUCCGCCGCUUGUAGUAGCUUUUGAGUAGCUUUUAUAAUUUAUCACAUAUGUGUAUCGGUAUGUAUGUUGUCGUUUGGGGCCUUUUAAUUGUGCUACAAAUGCAAAAAGUGUGAUCACUCAAGACGAUCAUCAGUAGUAGAAUAGACGGAAAUCCCACCCUGUGUCAUCAGUCUGUGCAAUUUAAUAAAUAAUCACCAUUGAACAUGUUGAAGUUGGAACUAACAAAUACUCAAAAUGCCACUUUAAUGUGGACGUUGUCUUAACUAGUAGAUCAAAGUAGUCCACUAUUGUAAAUAAAUGGAUUCACCCACGAUAGCACUUCAAGACCCUGGCCACCGUCAUGCUUGUUACUUUACUUUUCUUUUUAUCACAUGUUCCUUCAGUAUGCGUUGGCACUGUACAGAUAUAUUUUGGCAUAUAGAAGUAUUUUUUGUAAUGACAUUGACCUGGUUGAGGUGCGUACUAAUGAAGCAGUACAUGAACGUGUGUUGAAAGCAAAAAGGCUUAAAGUCUUAAUGAGGCUUUAUUGUGGUAUUGUAUGAAAUCCAUUAAGUAUACUGAGAAAAAGCAUAGUAUUUUUUCCAAUUCAUUUUCUUUUCAAUUUACUAAAUAUGCUCAACUGUUCAUGGGUUUAUUUUGUUGUUUUUUUCUAUCACUUUGAGCUUUAUUAAAAUGCCAGCUAUCAACUGUUAA